AUGACCUCAAACUUGUCAAGGGAGGAGAUUGUGGCCUUAUUUAAAACCUUUCUUGAUUAUCGGAACGCCGCAAACUGGGAUGACAUCCAUGAGCACAUCCAGCCAACUGUAGAACUCGAGAAUGGCCUACUUCAACGCGAUGCCUUCAUUGCUCAGUUGCAUUCUGCCUCUGACGGCAGACGGCAACAGUCAAAGCUCGGGAACUACGUCGUCGACGUCGACUCCCAGGUGAUCGCCGCGGAAGUUUUGAACAGCGACAAUGACGAAAAUGCCACUGGAAAGAACUUGGGAUAUAGAGAGAUUACCUUCAUUUGGUUCGCCGAUGGCCUUGUCUCAAAGUUCAAAUCCCUGCGAGAUGGUCAUGCUCAGCCUCUUGAAUCAACUCCUACCCAAAUCACCCCAUCGCAAACGUUAUUGUCACUUGACCUGAGAACAUACUAUCACGACUAUAUUGCAACCAUCAACGCUGGAACGAUUGGUCAAAACCCCGAGAAGUUCUUGUCCCCGACAAUCAUUCAUAACAAUCGCGCCAUUGAAACCCCAGGCUUUGUUGGCUGGAUGAAUGGUGCCCACAAAGCUGUUCAAUCACUUCAUUAUGAGAUAAAGCAUCUGGCUGUAGACGGCCAAUCUGGCCAGGUUGCGGCUAGCGUGGAGGUCAGUGGGCUUCCAGUUGAGAAUUGGUUUGGGGUGGAACCUAACGGAAAGAGAGUUCGGUUUCAAGAGCAUGCUAUGUACUGGGUUGACAAGGAGCAGAUUAACAAGAUUAUAACCGUGCUUGACUUGGAUUCAUUCCGAAAGCAACUUCAGGGUUAGGUAGUAACUGGUAUAUAACACAUACAGUAUCAAGCAGCACUAGAAGGCCCAAUUGCCUGCCUCUGCAAAUAGCAGAAGGUAUCUUCUGCUUUUGCUUUAGCAUAGUG